UCUUUUUACUUCCCAAAAAGACAGAAGUUGGAAAGGCAAGGAUUUAGAGAGGUAAGCCCACCAUGUCAAGCUCAGGAAACUCCGGGCCCUCUGCUCUUCUUCUAUUGCAACUGCGUUUAAUCAUAUUCACGGCGCUCGAUGUAACGGACUGCACAUGCACCCACCGUCCAUUUCCUUCUCCUCCUCCUUCGCCUCCUCCUACAGCCUCUGCUCUCCUCUGUCAGAGUGAUGUAGGGUCACGAGAAUGGGGAAACACCUUCCAAGGAAAAAACACACAUGCACUUUAACAACACACACACGCAGAGCUCCUCGCCGAGCACUGAAUGGUGAGAGAAAGCUACAUGCUGCAAUUGGAUAGCAACAGUUCUUCAAACUGAAGGAAAAAGAAAUGGGCCCACAGUUCUGUUCUCCUCAACACUGACCAUCCAUCACCUGAUGUUAACAUGGGAUGAGCUCCUGACAUCCAUAUCUAAGUGCCUCCCUAAAGGAACUUCCUGUUUAUGACCAGCUGUACCCCAGUGUAUCCUGACUGUGAGUUGGACCAGAUACUGGCCUCUGAGCUCUGACCUCGACCCCUGGAGGGCCAGGGGCCAUCGGGAACAAAAUGAGGUGCACCACCCUCUUGGCCCUGCUUUUUGGGGUCGUGCUGUACCUGAUGGUAGGAGCGCUUGUUUUCCAGACGCUGGAGGCCUCCAAGGAGAGCGCAGCCUAUGAAGCCCUGCUCAAUGCCAAGGACACCUUCCUCUAUAAUCACUCGUGUGUCACAGAAGGGGAGUUCCACAAACUAGUGAAGGGAGUGGUGUCUGCGGUGGAGGCAGGCCUGGAUGUGAACAGCCUCCCUGCCAACUUCAGCAGCCGCUGGGACAUUGCCUCCGCUUUCUUCUUCAGUGGUACCAUCAUUACCACCAUAGGUUUUGGAAACUUGUCUCCCCGGACAUGGCGUGGACAGUUAUUCUGUGUGUGCUAUGCGCUGGUGGGAAUCCCUAUGUUUGGCAUUCUGCUGGCCGGGGUGGGUGACCACAUGGGUACGGUGCUGCGGAGAGCAGUAGCCAAGAUUGAGACGCUCUUCCUGGUGAGAAUGGUCUGUCCUGCCCAGGAAGCAAAACCUACCAAACCAAACCUCAGCUGGAUUUACACGUGUCUGAAUCACAACUUUUUACCUAAACGUAAAGUCAGGCCUACUACAGUGCGUGUGAGCUCAGCAGUUCUCUCCAUCCUGAUUGGCUGCCUGAUUUUCCUCGCUGUGCCAACAGUUGUGUUUCAGAAAGUGGAGAGGUGGUCGUUUCUGGAGUCACUCUACUUUGUGGUCAUCACCCUCACCACUGUCGGCUUUGGAGACUAUGUACCAGGUGGGGGUCGUGAUGGCUUAUUCUUCAAACCCCUGGUGCUGUUGUGGAUCGUGUUUGGUCUGGCCUACUUUGCCUCCAUCCUGACCAUGAUAGGAAACUGGCUGAGGGUGUUGUCUAAGAGGACUCGUGCUGAGAUGGAGGAGUUAAGGGCCCACGCCACAGACUGGACCCAGAACAUCCAGAACAUGUCCAUGGACUUCCGCAUCCCCAAUCCUCUGGAGUUCAAUGACCCCUUCCUCCUGCAACGCCGGCGAUGGAAACGCAGUGAGCGACGGCGCAUCCGGCGUGGAGCCCAGUGCACUGUGGGAUACCUGGUUCGUGGGGGAUCUGAAAAUGGACACCUGCCGAACCGCUGGGCCGGCCUCUCCAGCUCCAUGAGCCAGCUGGAGGCUCAUUCCUCCCUGGAGAGGCCGAUGGUGCCCAAGCCCAGACCCAGGGUCAGUGCUACUGGAGCUGUGACGCAUCCACUGCCGGGGCCCGGGCUGAGGGUCAACCCCACUGUGGGUGCACAGGUGGAGGGAAAGUCAUUUCCACACCUGCUGCCUCGCUCAUUCUCCCUUCCUGUGGCUCACUCCACUUCAGAACUAGACUCCACAGGUGUAGCCAUUCAGGACGGAUUUCUUUCUGGAUCAGAAUCUCCCUUUGAUUCCAGAUCAGACAGGUCCUCAGUGUCUUCGUCCUUCUCUGUGCUCAGGUUUCAGCCUUGUCUCGUAGUCAACAGCACAGAGCUGGAAACAACAAGAGACACAGAUGUGACGACAAAACAACUGACAGACAAACUGAUCCCAAAGGAGGAACGUGGAUUUGUAAUAAACAAGGACAACAAACUCACACCUGUUUCUGAAUGUUGCUUGGAGUCCGUUCCUCUUUUCCCUCCUUCUCCUCCUGGCCUCCUCCCACUCCUCCCUCCCGCCACCUCUUCACCCGGCUGCAAACUGCUGGACUUCUUUGGAGAAAAUCUGGCGUACAUCGAUGAGUCCUCAGACACCCUGAGCGACCGCACCCAGCCGGCAGCAUGUGAAGAGAAGAGGAGACGACCACGAAAGCCCAAGAGGAGGAGUAUGAGGAGGCAGCUGUCACACAAAUGUAACCAGCUGCAGGUCAGGAGGCCCAGCAGCAACAUGCAACCACCGUCAAACCCCCCAACACCGCCUCCAGACUCUUCUCUUUCAGACUCCCAGACAGAUUCAACCUCCAAACUCUGACAGCCACUCAGCCGAGGUGAAUGUCCAGAUAUGACAAAAUAUAGUCCAUAAUUGUGGGUUAACCAGGGUUUGUACGCAGUAUGGAAAAGCACGGAAUGGAUGGAAAAACAAAAGACAAAGGAGAAAAAAAUGUUUCCAGGCUCUUUUCAAAACUUGUCAAACAUGCCAAACUUGAUAUAUUAAUUUUCCUCACUGCACAUUUAAGAUAAUAUUGGUUUUAAUGCCUUUAUGCCUUUUAAACUUAUCUACAGAUCAGCAUUACUAGGUUUGACCUGCUGAGUAUUAGUCAGAGCUCAGUGUCACUGUGUGAGGUCUUACAUUCUCCUCUUCAGGUCAGAUUAACAUUAUACAUCUGUUUUUAUCAGGGAAGUCUGUUAAAAGGAGGGGAAAAUUGAAGAUGUGCUUACGAUCAUGUGGUUUUGUGAUUGUAGUAUUGACUACUUAAGGAUCUUUUGUCCAUGCACAGGGUUUAUUAUCAUAUCCUAGAUGCAGUUUUUCAUUUACAGUAAACUUGUCAGAUAUGGUAAAAAAAAAAAAAAGAAAAGAAAAAAAGUUCAAGGUAGAAGAGUAUGGAAUCUGUAAGUAGAAAAAGGUGUCAUUGGAUCCCUGGUUAACAACACAAAACAGUCCUUACAGAUGAAGGAACUUUAUUUUGAAACCUGGUCAUGAGUUUCAGUGAUUUCAAGAAACAGUGAGUCAGUAUUAAGACAGCAUUAAACAUAAUUACCUCCUUGUUGAUCUGGUUUCCAGCCACAGGGUUCAUCGUAUAGUCUGCUGAUGUGUCCAACACUUAAUCUCAGAUGUUAAACUGCUUUGUGAGGCUAAACUAAUGACAAACUUUAAAUUUAGAGCAGGGGUUUUUCUUCUGUUUUAUGAUGUAAGUAUGUGUCAGUUUGAUCACCUCUAUUAAUGUCAGGAAAAAAAUAAAAACACCAAAGGGAAAAGGGUUAGAUACCAUCUGUUUAAUGAUAAUGGCUGUUUGAGCUGAUGUCUUCAAACUAAACUGAUUCAUGACAUGAUGCGUCUCGAUCUGGGUGGCUCACCACAUCGGCUAUAAAAGUUUCUGGGGGAAACCCCGUCAUGGGUGGAGAACCAAAACCACAACAACAGUUCAUCAGUAUCUGAGGAGGGGAGGCCAAUAUUCAGCUUCAGAUGUGUCACUCUGGUCUUAAAAGUCCUGAAUCUUGAAAUGUCACUAGACUAGAGUUUGGUGAUAUGGACAAAAAGGUCUGUCUAACUUCAUUUCUGUGUAAAUGGAGUAUAGGAUAUGUAUGAUAUUUUUCUUAACUGGGUUCAAUUUACAGCUGUAAGACAAAGACGCUGAAGAAUCACAAUAAACUGAAUUCAGUAACCUUAUCAACAGUGUUAAUGACCCAUAAUGCAACACUGUGUCUGUGAGAGGGAGACAGCAAGUUGUGUAGUCAUUUACUUCAUCCCACACAAACAUAGUUGUGAUCCUUUGAGUACAGUGUAUUUAUCACCCUCCUCUACUUAACGCUGAAGCUGUGUUUGAGGGAUGAAGCAGGUGACUAACCACUGUUGUGAUCAGCUGGUUCUCUUCAAUCUGCUGUUCAGAGAAACACUCUUGAAUUUAUUACAGGUAAAAAAGGGUAAAAGACAGUUAAUAUAACCUCGUCACACUUUGUUUUGUGCCUUAUGCAGGUGUGAGGAGGUCUCUGCUGUGUUUUACGAAUGUCUCGUGUUCACGUCUUGUUCUGUCUGAGCUACAGAUGAUCUUUGAUGAAGUUUGUGAUGUUUAUCAGCUUUACUCUUACGUGUCCUUAAGUCGUUGCUGGAAACACUCAGCUCGUUCAGUUUCUUGUCUUGUUUUUGUUUCUUUGUGCCUUUACCCUUUGCCUCAUAAAUAACUGCAUACGUGCCUUUCAGGUUCAGUUUAGUCUCCUAAUGAAGUGACACAAUAAAAUGAUGAUUGUCA